AUGUAUGUGUGUGUGUGUGUGUGUGUGUGUAAGAAUAAAAAAAAAUAAAUAAAAAGAGAGAAGACGCGUGCGUCCUACAUAUGUGACAAUUAGGAAAUUAUGCAAUAAUUUAUUCUAAAUCUCCAAUGUAUUUAUUGUCAAUAAUUUAUAUAUGUGUAUAUAGUAUUAUUGACAUUACUAUUGACUAUAUAAGAGGCCUUUUUUCCUUCAUUAGUACUGAUGUAUAUUCGUAAACUCCCAUGCGAUAUGUAUCCUAUACACCAAGUGAACACCUGCCCCAGCAACCAGUGUUUAUCUUUUAUUCGUGCUACGUAACAAAUUCUCAUUUUCUUCUGACAAGUUCGGUGGAAUAUACAUUUGUCAAUCAGUAUAUGUGUAUAUUUAUUUUUUAAUAACGUGUGCAUAUACAAUAAGCCAUAAUUGCACACAAGCAACUAUUUCAAAUGCUGCUUUUAAUUAAGACUGAACAAUGUUAGAAACGCGCUCUGCGGUUUACAAAAUGAUAAAAGAAGAAGCCCUCGAGGAGAGACAGAUAACGCAUUGGCCGCCACCGUUUUUGUCGGACGUUACUCCACAUACCGACAAUGAUUUCGGUACUUUGGUCAGACAAACUUGUGAGAGCAAGAACUUGACACUUCGAAUUUCCAAAGUGAUCGUCAUCGGCGACGUUGCCGUCGGCAAGACGUCGUUGGUAAAUCGAUUCUGCCACAAACUCUUUGACAACAAUUAUAAAGCGACUAUUGGAGUGGAUUUUGAGGUGGAGAGGUUUGAUAUUCUCGGCGUACCUUUUUACUUGCAAAUAUGGGAUACUGCAGGCCAAGAGAGAUUCAAAUGUAUAGCGGCUUCUUAUUAUCGCGGAGCUAAUGUAAUUAUGGUCGUGUUUGACUUGGGAAAUUUAAUAUCACUCGCGCACUGUCAGCAAUGGUUGGACGAGGCGAGUCGCAGCAACAUCGGUCCGUAUCACAUUUUUCUAGUUGGCGCUAAAAAGGACAUAUUGUCCCGUCCGGUGUAUGAUAUCAUUGAAAAACGAGCGACGGAAACGGCGACGAGGAUACAAGCAGAGUAUUGGGCGAUUUCGUCGAGAACGGGCAACGGAGUGUUCGAAUUGUUUAUGCGCGUUGCCGCACUCUCUUUUCGCGCGAUGGCACUGCGAGAGAUUGAAAGUUCGAAACUCGAGCUGAUCAACAUAGGACCGGCAACAACGAUAACGCUGAAACAGCGAUCUAACGAGAAAAACCUGAACGCGCAGCAAGUGCGGAAAUGUUUCAACUGCAUUACAGCAUAA